AUGCUGCAAGUACAUCCCACGCCGGCUGGAUACCAGGUGCCUCAUGGCCCUGGAGUUGCAGCGAAGGCCUACAUGCCCGUGAUGGUCCCCAAUCGCGUGGUGCUUCGUCCGGCAGCGCCUCUUGCAGCGCCUCCUCAACCUCUGGUCGCCCUCCCAAGGGCUCCAGUGCAGGUGCAAAGACCCGUUUGCCAACCAGGUGUGCAGACCACACUCUUCGGCCAUCGGAAACCUGGGGCUUGGGAAGGCUGCUACAGCUUGGUGAAAACGCUGGGGAAGGGUUGCUUCGGCACGGUGCAUCUGGUGAAGCCGAGAGACGGCGGGGAGGAGCGCGUCGUGAAGGAGGUGCCCUUCAAGCCUAACAUGCCGCGCGAGUCGGUGCUGCGGGAGAUUGAGAACAUGAAGGCCAUGGACCAUCCUCACGUCCUCAAAGUCUUCGAGUAUUACGAAUCAAUCGGAAAGAUUUGCAUGGUCCUGGAGGCCUGCAAGGGCGGCGAACUCCAGGAUCUCAUCGCGGCCCAUGCACGGAGUGGCCUCGCGCUCCCGGAGCGAUUCAUCUCGGAGGUGAUGGGCCAGUCGCUUGAGGCGAUCUCGUACUGCCACAGCAAGAACCUUAUCCACAAGGACCUCAAGGCGGAGAACAUCAUGCUGCUGCAUCAGGUUGACAUCGCUGCGGGUGAUCGCCCACACUGCAUCAUCAUCGAUCUUGGCUUGGCUGAGAUGUUCUUACCGAGUCUCCCAAGAGGGAAGAUCUACGGCGGCACGAAGACGACCAUGGCCCCAGAGGUGAUGUUCAGCAAUUUCGGCCCCAAGUGCGAUGUUUACUCUCUCGGCUGCAUUCUUUUCCAGCUUCUCAGCGGCCAGCUUCCAUGCGACCCCAACAGCGCGGACAUGCAACGGCGGCUCCAGGGCUGCCGCAGCAAGGCCCAGGAGCGGGGCAUCUUCCUGGAUGCAAAGUUGCGAGGCCCGGACUGGCGCCUCGUCUCGAAGGCGUCCGCAGACUCUCAGGAGCUCGUUCGGCGGAUGAUGGCUCCUCAGGAGACGACGAGACCGAGCUGUGAGGAGGCUUUGGGUCACAGGUGGUUCCAGAUGGCACGUGGCUCGUCAGCUGUUAUCCCUGCAGAGCAGCUCCAGGCCCUGGCCAGAUAUCGCCAACACAGCGCCUUCCAACGGGCCUUGAUGGCUAAGGUGGCAACCAAGAUGUCUACUGCGCAAACAGCGGACUUGGUGGCAGAGUUCAAGGACCUUAGUCGACCCAGCUGUGGCUCCUUGCGCACGGCUGACCUGCAAACUUCCUUCGAGUCCCUUGGCCUGACCCCGCGCGACGCGGAGACCGCGGUCAAAGCGCUGGACGUCGACGGCAACGGCUGCGUGGAGUUCUCGGAGUUCGUGGCUGCCUGUAUCGCGACGUCGGGCGAAUGGCAGAAGAAGGCAGUGAAGGUCGCCUGGCACGAGUUCGACACGGUGGGCAAGGGCUGGGUGGAGAACUCUGACAUGGUCAAGAUGCUCCACUUGAGCGGCCUCGUGUCUGCAAACACCGAUGCGGAUGCCCUCGUGCGGGCCAUGGACAGCAAAGGUCUUGGCCGUGUCGCCUAUCAGGACUUCCAGGCGUACUUGGAGCAUGAGCUGCAGCUCGUGGACAAGGCCGAAUCGGUGCUUUCUGAAGUUGGACAAGCGCCAGCUAGUGAGAGCAACCACCUCGGUGCCCGUGGCUCCGUUGGGCCACCCGGUGCCGAGAAAGCCUCGACGCUGACUUUGUCCCACCGCCGCGGCGUCACACGGAGUUGA